UGCUCUAGCUUCGAACGUGCUUCGUCUCUCGUGCGUAUGGAGAUUUGUUGAAGGCGAUGAAAACUCGACUGCAGACGAGUAUUGAUUUGCAUUGAUUUGGACAGAAUUGGCUCAAUUCCAGAACAUCAAACUGGAAAAUCGCCUUGUUACCAACCAUCGAGCAGCUGUCAAAGUGACAUUUUAGUGAAACGAAGGAAAUCACAUUGAAGGUGUUGUGAAGGUCUUCACGAAUCGUUCCAAGAUUUACUUGUUUCAAUAAGGUUGGAGUUGAAAUCUUGUCGUCUUAUAGUUCUGAAAGGAUCCUUCAAUAUUCACUAUUCACUAUGACUGAAGCAAACACUCUGGGGCAGAGACUACCCGAUGAAGUUGCAGGAAAAAUAAUAUCGAUGGUACCAUUCCCUCAUCUGUUGAAGGCUCGUGUGCUGUCUAGACCAUGGUCUUCUGAAUUCUCGGCCAGUCCUGUGAACUUGACAUUUCAAUGUCAGGUCAAAACAGUCUGCUCCAAAUGGGAAACAUACUGCCCGGUAUAUAUCAGCCGUGAUUGCUGGCUCACGGGAUACGAUCACGUAAACGACCGAUGGCAGAAGAUGUUCAGACUAUCUUACUUUGCCGACGCGAGGAAGAUACCCAGAUUCAUUCGGUAUCCUGCUUCAAUGUCUGGUGCUCUACUGUGCGGCGUUGUCAACAGUGACUGUUCUCCUGUGCACGGGACAUCCUGUCAUACAAAUAUAUUUGUUACCAAUGUGAUUACGAAAGACUGGAAAAAACUACCAAGUCGGCCAGACAUGGAAAAGCCCGAUGCAGUACAAAUUCAUGCUUCUGGAGAGUGUUCUUACACGGUGAUGGUGCUUUCUCAUCCGGAUCCACCUGAACUGAAGGAACAAUCUUUAAGAUUGAUAACAUUUCAGAUCUAUGAAUCAACACAUCGCACGUGGACUCUGAUGGAACUCAAGUUGCACGAUUCUAUUCUUCUUGUAUAUCAAGAUGCUAUAUACAACAAAUCAAACCACAAGUUUUACGCUCUAUACAGAGACGUUUUGAGAUCAUUACGAACAGACAUCGCAGCCUUCGAGUUGAUUGUAUACGACAACGUGAGUGGAUGUUCCACGCGGAUUCAGCUUAGCGUCCCCAGCAUUCGGCACAUCGACGCUGCGUAUACAACAGGUCUGGUGGAGUGUGAUGGAGAUGUGAUCCUAGUUCUCGUUACGGAUCCCAUGAUUUACAGUGACGGUGAUUCUUUUGAUGGAGCUAUUCCUCCCUGGGACCCAAUGUGGGGUGUGAUCUGUGCCUUCCUGCCAUCCCGGCUUCCUGCCUCCAGUGUUCUCAUUCUAAAGUUUGACCAGGAGACCCAUGGGCUCAUUCCCCUAGCCUUAGGACCUCCAUGCACUGUAAAUGAUGCUUACUGCGAUCGGUUCACGAGUAACAACAGUUGCAUCUACCUUGCAUCUUCCAAAGACAAUAGCCCGGUUGUAAUAUACGAUAUGCGAGAGAAAGAAUGGAGCGCGCUUUCUCCUACUUGCGAUGUAUGUAGCGGGAAUAUCUUCUCUUUUCAGCCUGGUUUGGACCCAUUUGCCGUCGUCUAAGGGAUGUUAUCCUCAGGAUGACCAAGUAUCAUAUGCACCAUGACCCGUUAUGAUGUUAUUAGUCCCGUGACCAGGACUCUUUCCGGCAAUCUUCUGGGUUCUCACUCAAAUUUGAAAGUCUACUGGUUCUCACAUCACUACGGUUCAAAGACAGCUGAAGAACUGUGUAUCGUAUCGUUUCUCGAGUUUUCAUUCUCCUCCGAAUUUCUCUUUCUUGUUGUCUUUUCUAGUUUCUCGAACUUUGAUACGUGGCAUGAGAUGCACAAAAUGGCCUGAAAACACGCAAACUAUUCUUUGAGCUCCAAAAUUUACUAUGUAGAGCUAGGAUUUGAAUUGACCACGAUAAGCAUAGAAAUAUUUGGAUAGAUGAUUCGAACAGGAUUGAGUAUUGUGCGUAUUAACAGAGAACUGUCAUUUCCUUUCUCUGACCGAUAGAAACAACUAUUUUGGGGCAAUUAAACUCAGGGUGCUGCCAUUCAGUGCCAAA